GCGCUUCACCAUUUACCCCACCAUGAAAUUUAUCGCGAUGCUCACAACCCCGCAGGCACCUAUGUGCGCAUGAAGCAGAAGGCCGCAAAGGAGGCAAAUGUCGACUGCGAAUUGGUCAACUUCCCCGAGUCCAUUUCUGAGCCCGAGCUCUUGGACCGCAUCUACCGCCUCAACGACGACCCUGCCGUCCACGGCAUCUUGGUGCAGCUCCCCAUCCCGAAGCACCUCGAUGAGUACGUCAUCACAUCUGCCGUCGCAGACGAGAAGGAUGUCGAUGGAUUCGGCACCAGGAAUAUCGGUGAGCUCGCCAAGAAGGGCGGUCGCCCCUUCUUCAUCCCUUGCACCCCCAAGGGCGUGAUGGUCCUCUUGAAGGAGGCUGGAGUCGACGUAAAGGGUAAGAACGCUGUCGUUCUUGGACGCAGCGAUAUUGUGGGCAGCCCUGUCAGCUACCUGCUUCGCAACGCUGAUGCGACUGUCACCGUGUGCCACUCCAAGAGCCAGGACUUGGAGGCGCACCUCAAGGCGGCGGACAUUGUCAUUGCGGCCAUUGGCCAGCCCGGCUUCGUCAAGGGCGAGUGGCUCAAGCCUGGUGUUGUGGUGAUCGAUGUUGGUACCAACUACGUCCCCGAUGCCUCCAAGAAGUCUGGUCAACGCCUCGUCGGAGACGUCGACUACGACUCCGCUGCCGAAGUUGCUUCUCACAUCACCCCUGUUCCGGGUGGUGUUGGCCCCAUGACCGUUGCUAUGCUUCUGUCCAACGUUGUCGAGUCCACACUCAAGUCGUUUGAGAAGCAGAGACAGAGGAAGAUCUCUCCUCUGCCGCUUCACCUCAAGGAGCCCGUUCCCUCCGACAUCGAGGUCUCCAGAGCCCAGAACCCCAAGCAAAUCACUCGCUUGGCCAAGGAGGUCGGCAUCGCAUCUCACGAACUCGAGCCGUACGGAGCCUACAAGGCCAAGGUUGACUUGACCAUCCUGAAGCGCUUGGAGCACCGUCGUAACGGCAAGUAUGUUGUCGUUACGGGCAUCACCCCCACGCCUCUUGGCGAGGGUAAGUCUACCACGACGAUGGGUAUUGCUCAGGCCCUGGGCGCCCACCUUGGCCGCGUCACCUUCGCCAACGUCCGCCAGCCUAGUCAGGGACCUACCUUUGGUAUCAAGGGUGGUGCCGCUGGUGGUGGUUAUGCCCAGGUCAUCCCUAUGGACGAGUUCAACCUCCACUUGACUGGAGAUAUCCACGCCAUCACUGCGGCAAACAACCUGCUCGCAGCUGCGAUCGAGACUCGCAUGUUUCACGAGAACACUCAGAAGGACGGUCCUCUUUACAAGCGUCUUGUGCCCGCCAAGGGCGGCAAGAGAGUCUUCCCGCCAGUCUUCCUGCCCCGCCUCAAGAAGCUCGGCAUUGAGAAGACCAACCCCGACGAGCUUACCGAGGAGGAGAUCCGCCGCUUCGCCCGCCUUGACAUCGACCCCGAGACAAUCACUUGGAGACGAGUUCUGGAUGUCAACGAUCGCCACUUGCGUGGUAUCACCGUCGGCACUGCGCCGACUGAAAAAGGCCAGACCCGUGAGACUGGCUUCGACAUUUCUGUUGCCAGCGAGUGCAUGGCCAUUCUUGCUCUCAGCACAGAUCUUGCUGAUAUGCGUAAGCGCUUGGGCAACAUGGUUAUUGCUAGCUCCAGAGCCGGCGACCCUGUCACCUGCGACGACAUUGGUGCCGGCGGUGCGCUCACUGCCCUGAUGAGAGACGCCCUGAAGCCCAACCUCAUGCAAACCUUGGAGGGAACUCCUGUGUUUGUGCACGCUGGUCCUUUUGCCAACAUCAGUGUUGGCAACAGCUCCAUUUUGGCUGACAAGAUGGCAUUGAAGAUUGUCGGUACCGAGCCUGAUGAGAACCACUCUGAGAAGGCUGGUUUCGCCAUCACUGAGGCUGGCUUUGACUUCACCAUGGGUGGAGAGCGUUUCUUCAACCUCAAGUGUCGUGCCUCUGGUCUUGUUCCCGAUGUCGUCGUCAUUGUUGCUACUGUCCGUGCCCUCAAGGUUCACGGCGGCGGUCCCCCUAUCGCUCCUGGUGCCGCUCUCAACGCUGUGUACAAGGAGGAGAAUGUCGACAUUCUUCGCGCUGGUUGCGUGAACUUGAAGAAGCACAUCGAGAACGCCAAACAGUACGGCAUUCCUGUUGUUGUUGCCAUCAACAAGUUCGUCACGGAUACUGAUGCUGAAAUCGCUGUCAUCCGUGAGGAGUCCAUCGCUGCCGGUGCCGAGGAUGCCAUCCUGUCUAACCACUGGGCCGAGGGUGGAAAGGGCGCCAUUGAGCUGGGCAAGGGUGUCAUCGCCGCCAGCGAGAAGCCCAAGGACUACAAGCUUCUGUACGAUCUCGAGGGAACCGUCCAGCAGCGUAUCGAGGCUAUCGGUCAGAAGAUGUACGGCGCUGCUGCUGUUGAGUUCAGCGAGCUCGCUCAGAAGAAGGUUGAUACCUACACCAGACAAGGCUUCGGAAACCUUCCCAUCUGCGUUGCCAAGACGCAGUACUCCCUGUCUCACGACCCCGACCUGAAGGGUGCCCCUACCGGCUUCACCGUCCCCAUCCGGGACGUCAGACUGGCCGCUGGUGCGGGUUACGUGUAAGUUGAGCCAACCAUCCAGGAAUCAUUGCACUACUGACAAAAUCACAGCUACGCGCUCGCUGCAGACAUUCAGACCAUCCCUGGUCUGCCCACAGCCCCUGGGUACUUGAACGUUGACGUCGACACCGAGACUGGUGAGAUUGACGGCUUGUUCUAAGUGCGCGAGGGAUCAUUUCAAGUACGAUAUUUGGAUUUUGAGGCGCUUAUAGAGAGAAUUCAUUUUAUGGCGGGACGUGGGCAAAAAAGGAAAGCGGCAUUCCAUUUAUUCAACAAAUGGCGCUGGGGAAACGGAAAGAAAGACUAAAGAAACAUGCAU